UCAAUGGCUGCCUCCCCCAUGGAGACCCUUCACAUUGCAAUGUAUCCUUGGUUUGCCCUAGGCCAUCUCACCCCAUUUCUCCACCUCUCCAACAAGCUAGCCAAAAAGGGCCACAAAAUUUCCUUUUUCAUCCCUACCAAAACCCUACCAAAGUUGCAGCCUCUUAAUCUCUUCCCUAAUCUCAUCACCCUCAUCCCCAUCACCAUUCCUCAUGUCGAUGGCCUCCCGCCCGCGGUCGAGACCACUUCCGAUGUCCCCUACCCUCUCCACACCCUCAUCAUGACCGCCAUGGACCGGACCGAACCCGAACUCAAGCUCCUCCUUCAAGCUCAUAGACCCCACAUCAUCCUCUUCGAUUUCACACAUUGGUUGCCCAGAUUGGCACGUCAAUUGGGUAUCAAGUCCAUUCAUUAUUGUGUUACUAGUGCAGCCAUGAUAGGUUACACUUUAACCCCAUCAAGGCAAUUCUCCAAAGAUGAGUUAACCGAGGAAGAUCUUAUACAGCCACCAAUUGGCUACCCAAGUUCCACCAUAAAUCUCCAUCUCCACGAGGCAAGAGCUUUUGCAUCCAAAAGGAAAUGGAAAUUUGGCAGUGAUAUCCUUUUCUACGAUCGCCAAUUCAUAAGUUUCAGCGAUUGUGAUGCAAUAGGGUUUAGAACAUGUCAUGAGAUCGAGGGAGAUUUUGUAACUUAUCUCCAAAAAGAGUUUAAAAAACCCAUUUUGCUUUCCGGGCCAGUCUUACCUGAGCCACUCGCCACAAAUUUGGAGGAGAAAUUAGAAACUUGGCUUUCAGGGUUCGAGGAGGGCUCGAUGAUAUACUGUGCAUUCGGGAGCGAGUGCACCUUAAAGAAGGAGCAAUUUCAAGAACUCUUGCUGGGUUUCGAGCUUUCAGGCAUGCCCUUCUUUGCUGCGCUCAAACCGCCUUUUGGAGAGGACACGAUCGAGGCGGCGCUGCCUGCGGAGUUCGCGAGGCGAGUCGGGGGACGAGGGGUGGUGUUUGGGGGGUGGGUUCAGCAAGAGAGGAUUUUGGAACACCCUUGUGUUGGAUGCUUUGUUACACAUUGUGGGUCAGGUUCUUUAUCAGAGGCAUUGGUGAAUAAGUGCCAAUUGGUGUUGUUGCCCCAAGUUGGGGAUCAGAUCAUCAAUGCAAGGAUGAUGGGGAGAAAUCUUGGGGUGGGAGUGGAGGUGGAGAAAGGGGAAGAAGAUGGAUGGUUUAGUAAAGAAAGUGUGUGUAAGGCAGUGAAGAUUGUGAUGGAUGAAGGGAAUGAGAUUGGGAAACAAGUUAGAAGAAGUCAUGCUCAAAUUAGGGAUCUUUUGCUCAAGAAAGAUUUGGAAGAGUCUUAUAUUUAUAGUUUUAGCCAAAGUCUUUGUGAUUUGGUGGGAUGAAAAAACUACAUUAAAAAAACAUGUGGAAAUAGGGAGAAAGCCUUAUUUGAUCACUGUAUAUGCAUUUACUUCGUUGAAGAGUUUGUUAUUUUUGUUUGGCUUACGUUGUGGAUCUUUAUAUUUAGGGCUCGUUAGUCCGGGUUAAGACAUUGAGCAACAUGGUGAUCAGUGCACCUGAUACCACACGACCCCAAGUGUUUAUCACUGCUUCAUUGUCAGUGGACUGCGACUUUAAUUUGUUGAAGAGUUUGAAAAAGCUGUGUGUUUUGGUGGGAUGAAAAAACUA